AUGAGCAGUCAGGUGGUGGCUCUGAGCGUGGGCGGGGUGAGGUUUGUCACCAGGGCCUCUACCCUGCAGCAGUUCCCCGAGUCCCGGCUGGCGCGGAUGCUCAGCAACGACGACCAGGAGUUUCAGCUGCUGAACGGAGAGUUUUUCGUGGACAGAGAUGGAGCUUUGUUCAGUUACAUCCUCGACUUCUUGAGGACUCUGCAGGUCUCCCUACCUGCUGAUUUCUCAGACUACCAGAGGCUGAGGAGGGAAGCGGAGUUCUACGGGCUCUGCCCUCUGGCCGAGCUCCUGAGCCAGGAGCAGCUGCUGAGGCCGCGGCGGGAGGUCCUGGAAGUGCGUUUUUCUCUCCAAGAGAUGCAGGCUUUUUUCAGGAUCUUUGGUUCCUGCAGCACCACCGUGGAGACGCUGGCUGAGCAGAUCACUGUGUUCACAGGGCAGCACUCGGGGCAGAGCUGGAACAGCCCUUUUCCUUCUCAGAAACCACUGGUUCCUCUUCCUUUGGAAAGACCUUCCCACCACGACAUGGCUUUUCAGUGUGGUACUGACUACUCUGCUGGAGACCAGUUUGUGGCCAGGUAUAUUUCCAUAAAGCCUGAUAAUAGAAAGCUGAUUAAUGGCACUAACGUGCUAGGCCUGCUGCUCAACACCUUACUCCAAAGUGGAUUUCGCCUCCUGAGCACCAGGACGGUCUCCAGUGAAGAAAAAGUUGAAUGCUACAGUUUGGAAAGGCUGCAGAGCCCAGGGUGCCUCAGCCUCACAGUGAACCAAGCCCCAGGGAGCUCUGGGCCAGCACAGGCAAAGAGAAGCCCAGUGCAGAAAGGGAAAUAA